AUGGUAACAGUAGAAGCAGAAGAGAGUGAAAUGCAUACACAGUCAACACAACAACAACAGGUGCAGAUCACUCCACAACAAAAGCUAGAUAGACUCGGUCAAAUAUUAGGUCAUCUACAACGUUUGAAGUCUGAUUCAUCUGACUCAUAUACCUAUUUCGAUAAAGCGAUCAACAUAGCUAAAAACUUGGAUUGUGUAUCUCUAAAACCAUUGCUUUACAAUAUUAUAACUUGUUUGGAUUCACUAGAGGAAUAUCUAAAGUUUAGGAAUCUGCUGUUGGAUAAUGCCGCUGCCUCGAUAGAGUCGUUUGGCGGUCGUGUUUCGCGAUUGAUAGAGAGUGGAUGUAGUUCGAAUGAUCUGACGCUGGUGUUGAUGACUCAAGAUCACAUGAACACCUACAGAGAUUUGGCAACGAGCAUGCUCACCAAUCAGCUCUACAACACCACCAACGACAAUCUAGAUUCACCAUCGAAAAUCAUGGAGAAACUCUUCAAGAAGAUAGAACAAAUCAUAGCGACACUCCGCUCAAUCUUUGAAAACAAAGAUUAUUUCAAUGAGAAUACAACAUCUAUUGAUGAUUUAACUUAUUAUUGUUCAGAGUUAUUCAAGUUAUUUGAAAUUGGUAUUGAAACAAACAAACCAUUGUUGAUGAAUCUUUACAAGACUGCAGAGACCUACUUGAAUAACCAUAGGAUAAUCAUCGAGCAUAUCGAAUAUCGAUCACUCUUUGAAAAGAUAUCGACCUAUGCACAACAUAAUCUAAAUGAAUUUAUAUUAUUGGUAUUAUCAAAGGAACAAAGUAAUCAACAAGAUAAAUUGAAAUUCCUCAAACUUGCAGCGUUCAAUCUUAAAUGUCAAACUACAUUCUAUAAGAUAUUUUCAAUUAAUUUUCUAUCUCUUGGUGUCUAUGUACAGUUUUUAGUUAAAACCCUUCAAUCUUCAUUUGUAUUCAGUCACUUACCACCGCUAUCUCAGUUGAAACCAGACGAUGUUGAGAAUGUAAAGAAGCUAAUGCCAAACUAUGAAGAAGCUUUUCAGUUGCUGAUGCAAAGUCAUGGUGAAUCUGUGAUAAAUCAUAUGUUUCCAUGGAUUGAUAAACUCUAUCAGGAUCAACCCAUUUCUGUAGCAUCAAAGAAUCAAAUCAUUUCAUUAUCAAAUUCAACAACAACAACAACGACAACAACGUCAUCAUCAUCAUCGUCACCACUUUUAUUUGGUAAACUAAACAACUACACAUCCAUGAUCGAUUGGACAUGUCAAUACAUAAUAGAGCAACUCAAGUCAUUAGCAACUAAAUAUCUUGAGAAUAUCGAAGAUAUAUUAGAUUGCUAUAAUAUUAUACUAUCAAUAUAUCUAUCAAAUACUUCUUAUCAAGAUAUGUUGUAUAAUAAAUUGGUGAAUGAAUAUCUAGAAAAGAAUAACUAUUUGAUUCGACCUAUUCUACCGAUGCUCUUCUUUGAAUCAUUUGAGAAAUCCAACGAUGUAUCUCUUUCAACGACGGUCAAGAGUCUGGUCGAAGAUAAACUGAUACCUCAGUUACUAAAACUAAUUUCACAGAAUCUCGAAUCACAAUCUUUUGAUUGUCUGGAAAACAUACUGUUACUUUUAGAUUCAAUUCAUUUUAAAUAUCCUUUACAUGUAAAGACACAAAUCAUCACAGAGUACAUGAAUCAACUUAACUCAUUAUCACUCACCAAACCAAACAACAAACCGAAUACUAUCGAAUCAUUGUUACUUUCGAAACUAAGCUCAUUGGCAACAUCUAUUCUACCAUCACAACUACCUAAUUUAAUAUUCUCAAUAUCAAAUAUGGGUGAUAUUAUCUUUAAUGCAAUAGAACUUAACUACCUAUUGUUGUCACUGUUAAAAGCAGGUCUAUACGAGCAACUUGAUAAGCACUCUAUAGAACCUACAGUGUCGUCACUACAAAGAAUAUUCUCUAAACAAGCACCUCUCGUUAACAAUUCAUUAUUUUAUCAUUUACUACAAUACGCAUAUUCAAAACAUUUCAUGAUGAGAUCACUACCAUCACCUGUACCGUCGGAACUAAGGCUGACCGACAGAAAGAUAUUCCCAAUUCCAACGAUACCAUUACCGGACGACGAUCUUAACAACCUCCACCAAGAAUGUCUAAAUCGAUAUAUCAAUAGUUUCGAGAAAGAUCUUAGUAAAUUUAUAAUAACACCUGAUAAUUACAACGGAAAUCAAAAUCAAAAACAACAACAAAUGAAUAAUAACAACAACAACAACAACCAAAAGAAUUUCUAUUACAAUAAUAAUAAGAAUAAUGGAAAUGUAAAAUCACAAAUGGAUUUGAUGUCACCGAAAUCAUCAUUUAUCAACCAGCAGCGUAUUUGCGCAGACAGUAUUGAAUGUAUGAAAAAAGAUGCGCAACAAUUCUUUGAUGCUAUCGAUAGUAACAGUAUAGAUAGACUACAGCAAUGCAGACAGAAAUGCUCUAGUAACACUGCCAGUACCAUUAGAAAUAGUAACACUACAUACACAGCUAGCAACAACAGCUACAGCAACAACAGCAAUAUUUUCAAUAAUACAUAUAGACAUCAACACCAACAUUUCAAGGGUCACAGAUUUUUCUCUUCAUCUUUUUCAUCGAGAUACCAUCAACAACACCAACAACAACAACACCAACAACAACAGAAUAACAACUAUUAUUAUAGAACCAACCAAAAUAAAUACGAGAGACAACAGAAUAAUAGCAAUAGUACUAACGACAAAACCAAAUUGAAAACACUUGGAGUUUUAUUAUCACCAACAUUUUUACUUUCCUCCAAUUCGACCAAUUUACCAACCGUCGCACCAGACGUUGAGCCAUCCACCACCGCUACCGAAACCACUACAUCCUCAUCAAACAACAUCCUAAAGGGACUUUUCAACAAUAAUAAUACCUCUGCCAGUUCAGAGUCUUUAAAUAGCACCUCUGAUUCAAUGGGAGACCAAGCAACACUCAACACAACCGAGGACGAUCAGCAAGAGUCGUUGGCCGUCGCCAUCGAAGAUGUGCGCCAGGUUGACAUCCAGAGCGAAGAGACUGCUGCCGACGUUCUCGACCAGUUCCACGAGACAGCUGUUGACGACGCCAGCUCUGAGAAUGCAAAGCAAAUACUGAUGGCCGCAGCCAUCCAACACCCAACCUCGAAUCACUCCAGCGAAUCCGCUGCCGAACUCACAAACAACAACGCUGACGACGAUGAAAACAAAAUCAACAACGCUGAUUUACAUUUCCACUCUGGCAUCUGCGUCAUUCCACAUCCAAACAAGAGACACAAGGGUGGUGAAGACGCUCACUUUAUUAGCAACGACAGACGUGUCCUCGGUGUUGCCGACGGUGUCGGUGGCUGGGGUGACGUCGGUAUCGACCCAAGUCUCUACUCCAACACCCUGAUGGAGGGUUCCAAGCUUGCCACCAACGACAACGAGAGUCGUCACCCAGUGGACAUCAUGGAGAAGGGUUACAACUACUCGCAAGACAUCAAGGGUAGCAGCACCUGCUGCAUCGUCGUGCUCAACGAAAACUCACAGUUGCUCUCGGCAAACCUCGGUGACAGUGGCUUCCUGGUGAUUCGUCGCAACGAAGUCCACUUUAGAACCCGUGAACAACAACACGCUUUCAACAUGCCGUUCCAAUUGGGUACUCAAUCGAUCGACCGUCCAAUCCACUCGAUCACCUCGGCAUUCGAAGUGGAGGAGGGUGACAUCAUCGUGCUCGGUACCGACGGUGUCUUUGACAACCUUUUCGACGACGAAAUCUGUCGUAUCACCUGUAAACAUCGUAGCGAACCACAAAUGAUCGCUAGAAUGAUCGCCAAACGCGCAUAUGAAGUCGGAAACUCAACAACCAUUUUCACACCGUUCGCCAAAAACGCUGGUCUCAACGGAUAUAUUUACAGUGGAGGAAAAUUGGAUGACAUCACCGUCAUCGUUGGUGUCGUCGCCAAAGGCCCAAUUCAACCUCUAAAGUCUGAUGUUCUUUUACUCGAUGAAGAUUUUAUGGGCGAUGAUGAAUCCCUUUAA